CUAAUAUCCAUUACUUAACCACAACUUGACACAGUAGGUUGUUCUAUUUGUUCAGCGAUAACAAUAACAAACCGAUAAACAGUACAUAAACAUAAUCAUAAUCAAACCAAAAACAGUAAAUAAAUAAAUAAAAGGAAAAUGUCAUCGUUGCGACACGACUGGUAUCAGACUGAACAGAGAGUUGUCAUUGAUGUGCUCGUGAAAAAUGCCAGUAGUAGAAAUAUUUCGGUUAAUAUUCAACCGACACAAAUUUCACUUCGCGGUGAUAAUGUCGAACUAGAUUUAGAUUUAGCACAUGAAAUUGAUCCAACAAAAUCAACAUUCAAAAUAAUGUCAGUCAAAGUAGAAAUCAUCCUGCAAAAAUUGGUUGGUGAACGAUGGUCAAGCUUGAAAAAAGAUGGUGCCGCCACUUCAAUUUCGUUUAGCAAUCUACCACAAACCGAACAAGCCAAAGCAUCGCCAAGUCAAUAUAAUGACAAAAAUUGGGAUCGUGUCGUAAAAGAUGCAUAUGAUAGUGCUGAAAUCGAAAAGGACGAAGCCAAACAGUUGAACAGUUUGUUCGAAAAGAUUUACAACGAGAGCGACCCAGAAGUACGGCGAGCAAUGAACAAAUCUUUUACAGAAUCAGGCGGAACGGUUUUAAGUACCAAUUGGAAUGAAGUUAGCGGAAAAAAGGUUCAAAUGAAACCACCGUCUGGCACGGAUUUUGUACCAUGGUCUGAAUAAAUUCAACUUACUUACUUUAAGUUGAUAUACUCGAAAAUACAUAUAUUUUUUUGGGAAAUUACAAAAUGAUGACUAAACCAACUGCAUUAAAACGAACAGAUUAAAAAAAAUGUAUUUUAUCGCCAUAAAACGUAUAGUGUUCUUCAAGCACUGCGCGUUUAUCAGUUUUUUUAUGUGUUCAAGAAUUUCUACCGAAUUCAUAUGGUUUGUUUCUUAAAAUUAUUUCAUUUAACUCAAAUGAACUGCACACGACCACAUACAUACUUGUUCAUUGGGUAAACUAUUUAUAUUUAGAACAUGAAAAAAAAACAUACGACAUUAUGACACCAAUUUUUGCCUUUUUUUAAUGUUCUAAAUUGCAACCAUACUCUUAAUUGAAAUAUAAGUCAUCUUUGAAGAAAUUCAAUAUUCAUUU